AUGUGGCAUCAACAAGUCUUUGCUCUUGAUGCUAAGUAUAAUGCACAACGUGUGAACAAAUUACCUACUUUAGGUUUGUAUGUGUGUUUCAUAAUCUAAUAUAUUGCUAUAAAAGUGAUCAGUGUAAUAUCAGUCAUAUUAUUACAGGGAUGCUGUAUAUUCGUCGCAGAAAUCAGUUGUUAAAAGAGAAGUUUAGCAAAGAUCCAAAAAUUAGAGAAAAUUAUUUAAAGUUAAGAGCAAAGCUAUUAUUUCUACGAUAUGGUGAAAACUUGGAACAAAAUAGUUUUAAUAAUUAUACAACUGAAGAAGAAAAAUCUGAAAUAAAAACAAAGCUUUACAGUAUACAAAGAAAAUCAAUUGCAGAAAGCUUUGCCUUUGAUGGAAUGCAUCAUGUUUUCGAUCAACACAAUGCACCUGUAAUGAUGCUUAAGUUUGCAAAUAAUGAUAGAUCAAAGCUAUGUUGUGCAUCAUUAGAUGGAUUACUAUCUAUAUGUGAUGCUAUUAGCACUCCUCCAAAAGUAAUAGCUUUAUUGGAGGGUCAUAAGAAAGGUGUCACUGCAUUAGAUUGGAGCAUUAGUAAUGAUCUUAUAGUUUCAUCUUCUUUGGAUGGUACAAUAAGACUGUGGAAUGUCCUAAACACUGAAAAUAGUCCAACUUGUUUACGAGUAGUUAAUGAUCAACAACGAGCAGAAGUUCUAUGCUGUGGAUUUAUACCAAUAAAUAAUAAUUUAAUUGUUGCUGGUAAUUCUCAAGGACUAGUGCAAAUUUUAAAUAUAUCUACUGGUAUAUAUACUCGCAAUGGAUCUUGCAAAAUUGGUGGAAAAAUUUUGUCAUUGACUUGUGAGGGUAGUGGUGGUUCGGUAAUAUGGAUUGGAAACGAUAGAGGGAUUAUUAUGUCAUUUCAAUUAGAACCAGCAUCAGGACGAUUAACGAAAUUGAAAAGAGUACAAGAAACUGGUGGAAUGAUAAGUAGCCUUUCUUGGCGUUCAUGGCUUUCAAAGGAUGCUCCGUGGCCGGCACUUUUAGUGAGCAGUGCUUGUAACGUAGUACUAUUAUAUCAUAUUAUCGACAAUCAAGGUUCUUUAUCCCUGUGGACAAAGUAUCCAAUAAAGCAUAAACAGUAUUUUGUGAGAUCUACUUUUUGCCCACAAAUGGAAACAUGUUUAAUAGCCACUGGUUCUGAGGAUGGUACGAUACAUUUAUUGAAUUCAGCUAGGAAAGGCAAAGCAGCAAAGAUCAAUCGAUUGGAAGGUCAUGCUACACCGACAAUUGCUUUAUCUUUUAAUUAUGACGAAUCUCUUCUUGCAUCUGCGGAUCAUCAAGGACUUAUUAUUUUAUGGCGUAACCGUCAACGUCAUAUAUAA